AUGUCUUACCAACAGCAGCAGUGCAAGCAGCCCUGCCAGCCACCUCCUGUGUGCCCCACACCGAAGUGUCCAGAGCCAUGUCCACCCCCGAAGUGCCCUGAGCCCUGUCCACCACCAAAGUGUCCACAGCCCUGUCCACCUCAGCAGUGCCAGCAGAAAUGUCCUCCUGUGCCACCUUCCCCACCCUGCCAGCCAAAGUGUCCACCCAAGAGCAAGUAA